AUGACUGAACAGAUGACCCUUCGUGGCACCCUCAAGGGUCACAACGGCUGGGUGACCCAGAUCGCUACCACUCCCCAGUUCCCGGACAUGAUAUUGUCCGCCUCUCGAGAUAAGACCAUCAUUAUGUGGAAGCUGACCAGAGACGAGACCAACUAUGGUAUCCCACAGCGUGCUCUUCGAGGUCACUCCCACUUUGUUAGUGAUGUGGUCAUUUCCUCAGAUGGCCAGUUUGCCCUCUCAGGCUCCUGGGAUGGAACCCUUCGCCUUUGGGAUCUCACAACGCAAGUAGCUGCUCUGGGGCACUGGGGGGAAGCUGGGGGCACCACCACUCGCCGAUUUGUAGGCCAUACCAAAGAUGUGCUGAGUGUGGCCUUCUCUUCUGACAACCGGCAAAUUGUCUCUGGCUCCCGAGACAAAACCAUCAAACUAUGGAAUACUCUGGGUGUGUGCAAAUAUACUGUCCAGGAUGAAAGCCAUUCAGAGUGGGUGUCUUGUGUCCGCUUCUCACCCAACAGCAGCAAUCCCAUUAUUGUUUCCUGUGGCUGGGACAAGCUGGUCAAGGUAUGGAACCUGGCAAAUUGUAAGCUGAAGACCAAUCACAUCGGCCACACAGGCUACCUGAACACUGUGACCGUCUCUCCAGAUGGAUCCCUCUGUGCUUCUGGAGGCAAGGAUGGGCAGGCUAUGUUGUGGGACCUCAAUGAAGGCAAGCACCUUUACACACUAGAUGGUGGGGACAUCAUCAACGCCCUCUGCUUCAGUCCCAACCGCUACUGGCUCUGUGCUGCCACGGGUCCUAGCAUCAAGAUCUGGGACUUGGAGGGCAAGAUUAUUGUAGAUGAACUGAAGCAAGAAGUUAUCAGCACCAGCAGUAAGGCAGAGCCUCCCCAGUGUACCUCUCUGGCUUGGUCUGCUGAUGGCCAGACACUGUUUGCUGGCUACACGGACAACCUGGUGCGAGUGUGGCAGGUAACCAUCGGCACCCGCUAG